AAUGGAACCUUCCUGUGGCGUAUUUUAAGGACAAGGGCACGUUCUGCUCUAGAUACUGUCAGUGUUGUUUUCAUGUGUGAAACAACCAUGGCGAGGUUUUUGAGGCCUAGCAUCAGGAGUUUUGUCACCUCACAGCUCAGAAUGUCAUCCGACCAGCUGGGUGAGCUGGGUAAAGGUGCAGGAAAAGGUGGUGGUGGGGGAGGUUCCAUCAGAGAGGCAGGUGGAUCCAUGGGGAAGAAGCAGGCCGCUGAGGAGGAGAUGUACUUCAAGCGUAAGGAGCAGGAGCAGCUUGCUGCAUUGAAGCAGCAUCACCAGGAAGAAAUUGACCACCACAAAAAGGAGAUUGAACGUAUGCAACGUGAGAUUGACCGCCACAAGGGAAAGAUCAGGAAGCUGAAGCACGACGACUGAGUGAAACCUUCCAAAAAAUUUGUUUUCAGUUUUUUCAACAAUCCAGCCAGACACCUUUUACUAUUUACUCAGAUUGCUGCAUGCACUGUGUCACCGGGCCUGUCCUGAAUGUGUGGGUGAUUGUUCUGUAGAUGCAUGAGAGAAUAAUGGCAUGAUGUGACACAAAUUGUACAACUUUUUCAAAAAACCUAAAUAUCUGUAAUGCCUUGCAUGGCAACAUCAAUUUAUUUUCUUGUGUGAUGUAUAAAUAAAUGUGUAAUGUAAAUGGCA